AGGGAGCGCGAAGUGUGGGACGUGGGUCCAUCGUUUGUGAUUUAUAUACGAGUAUCUGUAUCUGUAAUUGUAUCAGUAACUGUAUCUGUAACUAUCCAGCCCGCAUGGAUAGCUGAUAAUCAAAUAACACAAAAAAAAAACAUAAAAAGUGAUUCAUACCCGAUACUUUCGGGUCUUGUGUUUGUGGUGUUUCCUUUUUUUUUAAUAUUUUUUUACUGGUGAAUUAAAGUUAAAAAUAAAAGAAAAUAAAAGAGAUAUCAAAACAAGGACAGAGACAGCGAGUAAGCAAGACCGAGCGAGAGUGAGAGCAAAAGAGAGAGGAGAUCCUUGUAAAAAAAAAGAAAAUGGAAGUUCUGAAAAAGGAUGCAACCCUGGGCUCGCCCAGCAGCAUGUUCUACUUUCUGCUGUUGCCAACCCUGGUGCUCUGGUACAUCUACUGGCGCCUCUCGCGGGCCCACCUGUACAGGCUGGCUGGCCGCCUCCCGGGACCACGGGGCCUGCCCAUCGUGGGCCACCUCUUCGACGUCAUAGGACCCGCUUCGUCCGUUUUCCGAACCGUCAUCCGGAAGAGCGCCCCCUUCGAGCACAUCGCCAAGAUGUGGAUCGGCCCCAAGCUGGUGGUGUUCAUCUACGAUCCCCGGGACGUGGAGCUACUCCUCAGCAGUCACGUCUACAUCGACAAGGCCUCCGAGUACAAGUUCUUCAAGCCGUGGCUGGGGGAUGGACUGCUGAUCAGUACAGGUCAAAAAUGGCGUUCGCACCGCAAACUGAUCGCACCCACAUUCCACUUGAACGUCCUGAAGAGCUUCAUCGAGCUCUUCAACGAGAAUUCGCGGAAUGUGGUGCGGAAACUGCGUGCGGAGGAUGGUCGCACUUUUGAUUGCCAUGAUUACAUGAGCGAGGCAACAGUGGAGAUUCUAUUGGAGACUGCAAUGGGAGUAUCGAAAAAGACGCAGGAUAAAUCUGGAUUCGAGUACGCCAUGGCGGUGAUGCGAAUGUGUGAUAUCCUGCACGCCCGCCAUCGCAGCUUCUUUCUGCGGAACGAGUUCAUCUUCACCCUCACCCGUUACUACAAGGAGCAGGGACGAUUGCUGAACAUUAUCCACGGCCUGACCACCAAGGUGAUAAAAAGCAAGAAGGCUGCCUUCGAGCAGGGCACCCGUGGAUCCUUGGCCCAGUGCGAACUCAAAGCGGCGGCUUUGGAGCGGGAACAGCAGGAACAGGAUAAUGCCGGAGCGAAUCCACCAGCUACGAAUGGUGAGGCGGUCACUCCAGUGGCAGGACUUUCAUAUGGCCAGUCGGCUGGUCUCAAGGACGAUCUGGAUGUGGAGGACAACGAUAUUGGUGAGAAGAAGCGUCUGGCCUUUUUGGAUCUGAUGCUGGAAAGUGCCCAGAAUGGGGCUUUGAUAACGGACACGGAGAUCAAGGAGCAGGUGGACACCAUUAUGUUUGAAGGACACGAUACGACGGCUGCAGGAUCAUCAUUUUUCCUGUCCUUGAUGGGCAUACAUCAGGAGAUACAGGAUCGUGUUCUGGCCGAGUUGGACUCGAUUUUCGGUGACUCUCAGAGACCAGCCACGUUUCAGGACACACUAGAAAUGAAAUAUUUGGAACGCUGUCUGAUGGAAACCCUGAGAAUGUAUCCCCCGGUACCGUUGAUCGCCCGCGAACUGCAGGAGGACCUUAAGCUGAACUCCGGCAAUUAUGUGAUUCCACGUGGCGCCACGGUGACUGUGGCCACCGUCCUGCUCCAUCGUAAUCCCAAGGUCUAUGCCAAUCCGAAUGUCUUCGAUCCGGACAACUUUUUGCCGGAACGUCAAGCCAAUCGACACUAUUACGCAUUUGUACCUUUUUCGGCGGGACCCCGUAGCUGUGUGGGCCGCAAGUAUGCAAUGCUAAAGUUAAAGAUCCUUUUGUCGACCAUUUUGCGGAACUACCGUGUCUAUUCGGAUUUGAGUGAAUCGGAUUUCAAGCUGCAGGCGGACAUUAUCCUGAAGCGAGAGGAAGGUUUCCGUAUCCGGCUCCAGCCGAGGACCAGAUGAAGGACAGUACAUACUGUACACCGUAAAAAAUAAGCUACACAGAACGGACACUUAUCCAUAAAUACAGCCCCACCACCCUCUUUACUUGUUGGCAAGUGAUAGUCACCGGUUUAUACAGUAAUAUAUUUGAUAAUAUUAAACAAAUAAUAAACCUGCUCUUUCCCCCCCAAAAAAAAAACAACAACACACUC